AUGAAGUGGUCAAUUGUAUCUGCGGUCUCUUUGCUGGUUGCAACUGCAGCUGCUGAACAUCCUUUUCUUAAGCUGAGAAAGUUGGUUCCACCAGUUGAAGCAGAUGAUGAAUUCCCUGCAUCUAUCAAUGCAGCUACAAACAUUACGGGUUCUGCUUUUUUUACCCAACUUUUGGAUCAUGAGAAUCCUUCCAAAGGAACUUUCCAACAGAAGUUUUGGUGGAAUUCCGAGAACUGGGCCGGUCCAGGAUCUCCAAUCGUUUUCUUCACUCCAGGUGAAAUUGCUGCUGCGGAAUACGGUGCAUACUUGACCAAUGUCACAGUUACCGGACUCUUUGCACAGGAAGUCAAGGGCGCCGUUGUUAUGGUUGAGCAUCGUUACUGGGGUGAAUCGUCUCCAUAUGACAAUUUGACGACGACGAAUUUACAAUACCUCAAUCUCAAGCAAGCUAUCGCUGAUUUCGUUCACUUUGCAAAGACAGUUGAUCUUCCAUUUGACACCAACCACAGCAGUAAUGCAGCUGCUGCACCUUGGAUCCUCUCAGGUGGUAGCUACAGUGGUGCACUCGCUGCAUGGACUGAAUCUACAAGCCCUGGUACAUUCUGGGCAUACCAUGCAUCUAGUGCUCCAGUGCAAGCUAUCAAUAAUUACUGGCAAUACUUUUACCCCGUCCAAGAUGGUAUGGCAAAGAACUGCAGCAAAGACAUUUCUUUAGUCAUCGACUAUAUGGACAAUGUUUUGACCCAUGGAAACAAAAGUGCUGUGACUGCACUCAAGACCAAGUUUGGUUUGGAAUCUGUCACGCAUAAUGAUGACUUUAUGGCAGUUCUUGAGAGCGGUCCGUGGUUAUGGCAGUCAAAUAGUUUCACCACAGGCUAUUCAGGAUUCUUCCAGUUCUGUGAUGCAAUUGAGAAUGUUACCGCCGGAGCUGCUGUCACCCCAGAUGCGAAUGGCGUCGGUCUGACUACCGCAUUGGAAGGUUUUGCAAAAUGGACCAAGAGUUUAAUACCCGGCAUCUGUGAGGAUUACGGCUACGACGCCGAUGAUUUAUCCUGCCUCAAUACAUAUGAUUUCAACAACUUCAUGUUCAGAGAUUAUAGUGUCGGAAAUGCGGCCGAUAGACAGUGGAACUGGAUGCUUUGCAAUGAGCCAUUUGGCUAUUGGCAAGACGGAGCACCAAGUAACAAACCCACACUCGUUUCUCGUCUCAUCAAUGCGAAAUACUGGCAACGACAAUGCGCCUUAUACUUCCCAGCUGAGGGCAAAUACACAUACGCUAGCGCCAAAGGUGCAACUGUAAAACAGGUCAACCAGUACACUCAAGGAUGGAAUCUAGAGAACACCACUCGACUUAUCUGGACAAACGGUCAAUAUGACCCAUGGAGAACAUCCGGUGUCAGCUCUCAAUUUAGACCUGGUGGCGAGUUGCAAUCUACUGCGCAACAUCCGCUCCAAAUCAUUCCUGGCGGAUUCCAUUGUUCGGAUCUCAGACUGAGCAAUGGAAAAGCCAAUGCGGGUGUCCAAAAAGUAAUUGACAACGAAGUGGCACAAAUAGUGGCAUGGACAGCGGAGUAUUACAAUAAAACUUCGAGUUACCACUCAUACUGA